CUCAAGCUGAGGUAAGACAUGGUAUGGUCACGUUGAAAAUAAUCUUUGACUGGAAGUAAUUCGCGGUAGAUAUUUGAACUACGAUAGAUGUAUGCGCUAACAUUUUUAAUACAGCGAAAGGUCCAUCAUUUCCUAAGCCGAAUAUCCACCCUAAUCCCUCCUCGACCAAAGUGGCCGGGAUGAUAGAACGAUGUUAGUAUUAGUAUCACUCUAUGAUUAACAAUGUAAAUAUUUGUAAUCCGGGAAUUAGAAAUCAUAGCUGAGCAUCAAAAGCUCGAGGUAUUAUAAAAAGCCAUGGGUGGACUAAUAUCAGGUAGAGGAAUAUCACCACACCAUAGGACAUCAGGAGUCGACUUGUUUUGAGAAACUUGCUUUGAGGAUAUCGAACACAACAUGAAUCCAUUUCGAGCGUUACUAUUAAGCUUAACGGUGCCUGCCACCAUAGCAACACAGGUGCCGCCCGCCCAAGCCCCUUUUAACUCGAGCCAUUCCGUCAUUGUUGGGGAUAACACCUACCACUAUCUGCGAGCUCUGCCCUCCGGCGAACCCAAGGGGAAUGUACUUCUUCUUCACGGGUGGCCGGGCCUUCCAUAUGGGUGGAAAUAUCAAGUUCCGCUUUUAACCUCCCUCGGGUACCAAGUCAUCGUUCCCGAGUUGUUGGGGUAUGGGUACACAUCGUCUCCGAGCGAGCUGGACGCGUUCUCCUUUAAGAACAUGUCUUCUGAUCUGGCGGCAUUGCUAGACCAGAUACUGCCUGAUCAGCAAAUAAUUCUUGGGGGCCAUGAUUGGGGUGCUGACUUUGUAUGGCGGUUUGCCAUGUAUUAUCCUCAGCUCUUCAAGGGGAUCUUCGCGUUGACAUAUCCUUUCAUUCCCCCUGUGACCGAAUACGUCGAUCUAGCUGACCAGAUCCGUGAUGGCAAAAGUCUGACCUUCAAGUACCAACUUCAGUUUCGGGAUCCUUCUUUCGACCGGAAAUUCAGGACCGAGGAAGAACUCCGACAACUCCUUAUAGCGGCGUACGGCGGGCUUACACCCGACGGCAAGGAGGGCUUCACCAACGAGGGCAUACCCCUAGAGGAUUUACCUUAUGUGCAGGCCGGCCCUCUCCUUAAUGGCACCGAGCUUGACUACUACGUUUCCGAGUACCAAGUCAAGGGCAUUCGCGGCCCUCUGACCUGGUACCGCACGACCAAAGUCAACUUCGAGGAUGAGCUGCCAAUCGCCAAAGCCGGCGGCAUCAAGUUCAAGAUGCCGGCUCUCUUCGUCCAAGCCACCGAAGAUCCCGUCCUCGUACCAUCCCUAGCCGAAGGCAUGGAAAAGUAUUUCGAUAAGUUGACCAGGGCUGAUGUGAAAACCGGUCAUUGGACUAUGAUCGAAGACCCUACCACUAUCAACAAGAUCCUCAAGUCUUGGAUCGAGACGUUGGAGUAG